AUGUCUGUUCUAAAACAGUUCGAACAUCUCAGAAUAAGACUAGAAGUUAUAGAAUCCGCAACCAGCAACUUCGCUAAAGAAAGCUGCAUAGGAAGAGGAGGAUUUGGGAGAGUCUACAAGGGAGAACUACUCCAUUCCAAGGGGCAUAGCAUGGUCGCAUUAAAACAUUUAGAUCGUGCAUUUGGGCAAGGAGACUCUGAGUUUUGGAAGGAGGUCAUUACACUUUCAGUUUAUAGGCAUCAAAAUAUUGUCUCCCUCCUAGGGUUUUGUGACGAGAAAGGCGAGAAGAUUCUAGUGUACAAGUUUGCAUCCAAUAGAAGCCUUGACUUGCAUCUUGAGAACAAAGAUCUAACCUGGGUUAGACGCCUUAACGUUUGCAUUGGGGUGGCUCGUGGACUAGCAUACCUUCAUGAUCCUGGUGAGACCCAGCAAAGAGUACUACAUCGUGACAUCAAAAGUUCCAACAUCCUAUUAGAUGAAAACUGGAAUGCAAGAAUCGCAGAUCUGGGUCUAUCUAGAUUUGGUCCUGCUAACCAAAAAUAUACGUUUCUUGUGACCAAUAAUACUGUAGGUACUAUUGGGUAUUGUGAUCCGUUAUAUUUAGAGUCUGGGAUACUAACAAAGGAGUCGGAUGUUUACUCUUUUGGUGUGGUUUUGUUUGAAGUUUUGUGUGGGAGGUUGUGUUUUUGCAAGAGUGGAUCCUUUACUCAAUUGGUAAGGAAGCAUUACAAACAAAACAGCCUAAAUGAAAUUAUAUGGAGUAAUAUAAAGGAUGAAAUACAUCCUAGUUCUUUGAAGGUGUUUUCAAAAAUUGCUUAUCAAUGUUUAAAGAGUGACAAUGAAAAACGUCCGUUAAUGAAUGACGUCUUGAAAGGACUUGAAACUGCCCUGCAAUAUCAACUUUCAACGGCUUCGAAGUCAACACAGAUAAGCCAGCACGGUUUUGAAAAUCUCAUACCAGAAAAGGUUGAUCUCGAAAAACAAUUUACACACCACGAUCUAAUUGAGUGGUUGAGAACUCAAAGAGAGGUUGAGGAGAACAAGGUUCAAAAUCUACUCAAGGAUGCUAAAAGAGACAUAAACCGUCACAUUUGUGCUGAUUUGGUCAAAAGGGUUCCUUUGUUCAAGAAAAUGAAUGAGCGGUUGAUUGAUGACAUUUGUCAACGAUUGAUACCGCGUUUAUACGCGGGUAAUAGUUACAUCAUCCGGAAAGGAGACCGGGUCAAAGAAAUGCUCUUCAUCAUACAUGGUCGUCUCGAGAGUGCAACCACAGACAGUUUCUUCAACAGCGUUUUUUUAGAAGGAGACUUUUGUGGUGAUGAGCUUCUAAUAUGGGUAGUCGAUCCUGAAUCCGGACAUAGCCUACCAUCUUCCACUAGAACCUUGAAGGCCUCGGGAUACGUGGAGGCAUUUGCAUUACCAGCAAAAGAGUUGGAAUUUGUUGUCCUUCAUUUCAGGCAUUGGCGGACUUGGGCGGCAUCCUUCAUUCAAGCAUGGUGGCGGAGAUAUUCCACCAGGAAGAGUUUGGAUAAAAGAGGAGCAUCAAUCACACAUAUACUCGCUAUCCAACGGGAGAGAAAGAUUGCUAAGAGAUUAUUGGAGUUUCGAAAGCCUCGGGAACCAUAUUUCACUGUUUGAUUAGUGAGUGAUGAUAUGUAUUGCUAGUUUCUUUCAUCUUGUGUUUGUACAUUAACAAAAUUAUUCGUAGGCUCCGAUUUCUUUAAUGAGCUGUAAUGUACCCAAUCCGUACUAUUCCAAGUGGGGUGUAUGGUCCCACUUGUCUAUGAUACUAUUGUCUGUUUUGCAUUAGCACAAUUGUUGAGAAAAAGUGUAGACUUGUAUAUUUUAUAUAUAUAUGU